UUUUGAAACUAUUUCAUUAAUAUAAUAUGCAGUUACAUGAGCCAAAAUGAUGACAUAUCUUUUAAUAAUUCCACUAUAACCGUCUCAUUUGGCAUGGGCUGUGAGUAAUGGCAUUUUAAAUUACUCAAAAACUUUAUUUUGAAACAAAAUAUGUAGAAUACAUGUUAAUAUAUACAGAUGCAUAUUUUAUUUUUUUUUCUUUUUGCAUUGAAUUACUAUUAAAAAGCUGUAUGUUUCACAAAUUAAUUAAUAACCAGUUAAAAAGUAAUUAUCAAUUAUCAAUUUUACUGUCAGCCAACCUUCCCGCAAAAAAAUUUAAGGUAUUUUUAUGCCAGAAGUUUUAUAUACAUUCAAGCGAAAAAUUUCUCACAAUGGGCCUUGUAUUUAGGAAAGCAAGAUGUCUUCUACUAGUAAUAUUCGUCUCGUCUGCUUUGACUCGUGGUGAGGCUGAGAAAGAUAUUUUUCCCGUAGAAAUUGAUAAUAAUUUGACCGUUGAAAAUUUGGGAGAUGAAAUCAGAAAGGUCCGGAAAAGCUACUUCACAAAAUCUUCGAUCUAUAUAAUAAAAAUUUCGCUCAAGCCAAUCAUGCUUUGGUCUCUACUGCGAACACUACCGAAAAAAGAUAAGGGGAAUUGAUGGAGUCCUUCCAAAAGAUUUCUUAUCAUUUUCCGUGGAAGAUAUAAAUAGACUUAAAGGAAACCCUACUUAUCUUCAAUAUGAUGGGGAAAUAGGCCCUAUUCAUGUCAUCGUAUACCUCCAAGAUGAAUAAUAAGUAUUUUCUAUUCGUAUCAUGUAAUAGCAAUAGUUAUUGCCUCGGCAAUG